UACUAGCGAGCAUUUCCUUAAACAAGUCUUUUCUUUUUUCUUUUUUUCCCUUCAAGUGUCCAAUGGUUCCCCUAAGCAAUCAAACAGCCUCAUCAUCAAUACCACCAUCUGCUUCCACUUCUCCAAGAGCUCGAUGGAUACAUGAUGUUUUCCUCAAUUUCCAUGGCGAAGACACCCGUAAGAAUUUUACAGACCAUUUAUACACUGCUUUGGAAAAGAAAGGCAUUAUCGCCUUCAAAGACGAUGAGAAACUUGAGCGAGGAAAGUAUAUUUCUCAAGAGCUCUUGAAAGCAAUACGUGAAUCCAUGUAUGCCAUCCCAAUUAUCUCAAGAAACUAUGCUUCCUCAAGAUGGUGCUUGACUGAACUUGCCCAGAUUGUUGAAUGCAUGAGAGAGACAAGUUUGACAGUUUUGCCUGUUUUCUACCAUGUUGAUCCCUCUGAGGUACGAAACCAAACUGGGGCUUUUGCAGAAGCUUUUGCGAGGCAUGCAGAAGACCCUAAUAUUGAUACAGAGAAGAUGCAAAUGUGGAGAGUUGCUUUGAAAGAAGUAGGCAACAUAUCCGGAUGGCAUUCUCAUCUUAGGUAUGAAUCAACAAUUGUCCAAGAAAUCAUUAAAAGGAUACUUCAAGGAAUUAGUCGUAACUUUUCUACUCUUUCCAAGGGCCUUGUUGGAAUAGAAUCCCGUGUGGAGGAAAUGAUGAACAUACUUGGUAUGGGAUUGGAUGACAUUCGCUUUAUAGGAAUUCAUGGUAUGGGUGGAGUCGGUAAGACAACUUUGGCAGAAGUCAUUUAUGAUAGAAUAUCUUACCAAUUUGAAGCUAGCAGCUUUAUUGCUUGUAUUAGAGAAGAAACUAGAAAUCGUGGUCUAGUUUUUUUACAAAAACAACUUCUUUCUAAGAUCUUCAUGGAAAGGGAAAUAAAUAUAUGGGAUGAUCGUGAUGGAAUGAAUAUGAUACGGAAUAGACUAUUUAAUAAAAAAGUUCUUUUAGUCCUUGAUGAUGUGGAUAGAGAACAACACCUAACAGCAUUAGCAGGGAGCGAUGAUUGGUUUGGUCCGGGGAGUAGAAUCAUUUUAACAAGCAGAGAUAGCCAUUUGUUGAAAAGACAUGGAGUUAAAGAUAUCUAUAAGGUUAAUGAGUUGAAUAAUGAUGAAGCAUUGCAGCUCUUUUGUUUGGCAGCUUUCAAGAAACCCCAUCCUGAAGAAAAUUAUGUGGAUUUAUCCAAAGGCUUUGUGAAAUAUGCUCAUGGGCUUCCUUUAGCUCUCAAAGUUUUAGGGUCCUCGUUGUUUGGUAGAGGAACAAAUGCAUGGAAAGGUGCUUGGGGUCAACUGAAAGCAAAUGCUAGUAAAGGAAUUUUAGAUAUACUUCAAGUAGGUUUUGAUGGAUUGGAGGAUUUGCAAAAGAAAUUGUUUUUAGAUAUUGCUUGUUUUUUCACAGGAGAGGUCUUAGAUAGCAUUUUAAUGGAUAUAUUAGAAAGUUUUGGUUACUACCCAUACCUCAAUGUUGAUAUUCUUGUGGAGAAAUGUCUUAUAACCAUCUCAUCUAAAAGGUUGAGGAUGCAUGAUUUGCUACAAAAAAUGGGUCAAGAAAUAAUUUAUGAUGAAUCCCCCGAAGAGCCUGGCCGGCGUAGUAGAUUGUGGCAUCGUAAGGAUGUCCUUCAUGUGUUGGAGAAUAAUACUGGAACUGAAGUGAUUGAAGGCUUAGUGCUAAACUCACCUAAUCAAAAAGAUCAGGAAAGAUUUAGUGUUAAAGCCUUCUCAAAGAUGACGAAAUUGAGAAUUCUUAAAAUUCACAACACAAGUAUUAAUGUCAAUAGUCUUUCUAAUCUCUGUGAAAAGUUGUUGAAUCUACAUUGGCACAACGACCCUUUAAGAUCCAUGCCAACACAUGGGUUACGAGUGCUAGAAUGGUUUGAAUAUCCUUCAAAAUCCUUGUCAAACAGCUUUGAAGCAAACAAUCUGAUUGAACUUAGAUUUCCAUGCAGUAACCUCAAGCAAUUGUGGAAGGGAAUUAGUGUAAGGUGUUUUCUUCUUGUUCUUCUUAAUUUUCUUCUUUCUACUAAUAGGACUAAGCUCGUUAAUGCUUUUUUCUUUUUGUUCAAUAUUUAUUGUUUUAUAACAGAGUUUAGGGAGUUUGAAACGCUUCGAUCUUAGCGGCUCUCAAAACUUGUUGGAGACAUCAGACCUCACCGGAGUCCCAAAUCUUGAGAUAUUAGACCUUGAAGGUUGUACAAGUUUAUCUAAGGUCCACAAAUCUAUUGGUGCUCUCAAACGGCUUAGACGGUUGAAUUUACA